AUGUGUGAUUAAAAACGAAAAAGACUACUUACAAAUGAUGAUUUGAAUAACUAAAGUAUUAUCCCUAGAACACCUGUAAUAAAGUACUAUUAUAUUUUAUAUAAUCAAGACCAUUAAAAGAUACUUCCAUUUUAUUACCAGAACUAUAAUUAACUUAUGAAAUUCCGAAUUGCUUCAAAUAUAUUCCACUUACAAUUAUCCCUGAAGAUGUUAAACUAGAAAAGUACUAGUUGCCCUAGGUGAGCAAAUACAUCAAAAAAAGAUAAAGAUUUUAAAGUGAAAAUCUUAGUCAUACAGUCAUAAAUAUGAUGGAAAGACAAUUAUUGAGUAGAAAUUCUUCAAAAAUGCCUAUAGAUAACUAUAGAUUUUGA